GCACAGAAGGUUCGAGUAAGUGUCUGCAUCUGACUCGCAGACACUCUGGUUCUGGAAGUCACUGCCUUCCCACCCACCUUUUUUCCAGUCCCUCAUUAAGGCACAAUCUCCCCCUCCAUCCCGGGAGUGAGGAAAACUCUCAGAAUUUUGGGAGGAGAGAGAGGUACUCAACUAGGGCAGAACUUGCCCCUAACGGUGGUCCCCUUCCCUCCCCAGCACACCUCCCACACAUAGCCACUCCCAAUCUCUCCGAAACCUCUCCAAUUAGACGCUCUGGGAGCACUGGCCCUUUAAGGCUACUCCUCCCUUCCACCUUCUUUGAGUUAGUGUCCGGGGCCCUGGCCCCGCCCCUUCCCCUCGUGCCCCGCCCCACCUCUGUCAAUCAUCGGCGGCGCCUUUGAUGUCUGGAGCUUCGAGCUCUCCAGGAGCUCCAGCAGCACUCCGAGCCUCCCGCGCCUCCAGCUGCUACCGCACCUCCAGCCCCUAGUCUGUCCAAUCCUCCCGCUUCCUCGCUCGCAGAGUCCCCACUUCUUAGUUCUUUUAACCCUCCCCCAGCCCCGGGGGAGUCGGGCGCCGGCGUGGGCUAGACACGGGUCAACCUGGGCCCUCCCGGGCAGAGGAGCAGAGAAAGGAGCCUCCGCGCUACCCUCGCCCCGCAGGCCCGGAGAGUGCCCCAGAAGUUUUCCGCAGGCAUUUCAGAGUGGAAAAGUGAGCCCGAGAGCAGAGGGACCGGGAGCCAGAGCCCCGCGGCUCCAGCCGGAUCAUGCCCCAGCUGGGCGGAGGCGGAGGCAGCGGGGACGACCUGGGCGCUACCGACGAGAUGCUAGCCUUCAAGGAUGAGGGCGAGCAGGAGGAGAAGAUUCCCCAGGGAGGUUUCCCCGAGCGGGAUCUGGCUGACCUCAAGUCCUCGCUGGUCAACGAGUCCGAAGGCGCGGGCAGCGGCAGCGGCCAAGCCGGGAGUGGUCCGGGUCAGACAGAGGUGCUCCGGAGAGCUCAGAACUCCCAGAGGCUGUACCAGGACAAAAUCCCAGAUGCCUUGGAAGAAGGCCUCAAGGCCCAGGACAGCAGCAGCGUCGGGAUGUACAAAGAGUCAGUGUAUUCUGGCUACAAUCUGCUGGUGCACUACCCAGGCAACGGAGUAAGUGCUGGAGCUGGAGCCGGAGCUGGAGCCGGAGCUGGGACAGGAGCUGGAGCAGGAGCCGGGACUGGAGCUGGAGUAGUCACUGGGGCUGGACAGUCACUGCACGCCAAGCCUGGCCAGCCCUCCCAUGGAGUUACACAGCUCACACCCCUCUAUGAACAUUUCAGCUCCCACCAGACACAUAUCUCUGCUGACAUCAACCAGAAGCAAGGUGUUCAUCGCCCACUACAGACCACUGACAUCUCCAGUUUCUACUCUUUAUCUCCAGGUGGUGUUGGACAGAUCUCCCAUACCAUGGGCUGGGCAAGCCCGCCUCUCUAUCCCCUCUCCCCUUCCUGUGGAUAUAGACAGCACUUUUCGACUGCAGUCUCCCCGGGGGCACCUUACCCUAGGUUCACCCAUCCAUCUCUGAUGCUAAGCUCAGGUAUGCACACCACUGGCAUCCCUCACCCUGCCAUUGUACCCCACUCAGGAAAGCAGGAGCUACAGCAUUAUGAUCGGGGCCUGAAACCUCCAUCAGAAACCAAGCAGGAGAAAGAAGCUAAAAAGCCAACCAUUAAAAAGCCCUUGAAUGCAUUCAUGUUGUACAUGAAGGAGAUGCGGGCCAAGGUCAUCGCAGAAUGCACACUCAAAGAGAGCGCAGCCAUUAACCAGAUCCUAGGGAGGAGGUGGCAUGCGCUAUCUCGAGAGGAACAGGCCAAGUAUUACGAACUGGCCCGAAAGGAACGGCAACUCCACAUGCAGCUCUAUCCUGGCUGGUCAGCUCGAGACAAUUAUGGGAAGAAGAAGAGAAGGUCAAGAGAAAAGCAUCAAGAAUCAAACACAGGGGAGAAGGUGAAAGGGCUGGAGGAAUGCCUCUCUACACUCCAGGUUACCAGGGAGAAUGAAGUGUUCCUUGAAAGCCUAGAAGAAGGGCUGCAAGACCCUGGCUCUCCUAAGAAAUGUCGAGCUCGCUUUGGCCUCAACCAGCAGACGGACUGGUGCGGUCCAUGCAGGAGGAAAAAGAAAUGCAUUCGGUACUUACAAGGAGAAGGAGAAGGACGCUGCACCAGCCCAGUUUCUUCAGAUGGCAGUGCUAUAGACUCCCCUCCAUCCCCUCUGGAUUCCCUCCAAUACAUUCGCCCUGCUUUUACCCCAGACCAGCUCACCAGUCCCACUGACUUCACACACAGACAACCAAACUGCCCUUUCUCCCUCUCUCUCCAUCUCAAAUCUACUCCUCAUGGGGCUGGACUCCCAGCAAGGUGAUCCUUAGCCCUCGGCUUCCCAACAGCCUUUCCAGCAGCCUUUCCAUGAACAUUCAAGCAUCAUGGUAACAGGAACACAAAAGGUCCUCUUCCAUUAGGCAGCCAUGUCAAAAGCAUAGGACACUUUGCUUCCUCCACAGGUGGUCAAGAGCCAGCCAGCCAAUCAAGCAAAACUGACCAGGAGCCUCAUCCUAUUUCUCACAUAGUACCCAGCCCUUUUAUACAACAAAAUGACACAGAGCAAGCUAUUCAGGAGAAUGGUCA